GUCCCAGAAUAUGAAUAAUUCAUUUAUGCUGAUGAGACGCGCUGACGUCACGGGCGACGUGGGAUUCCGUUAGAGUGCGUAACGGCGACGUCGUGGACUGGUUGCAACUUGGGAGGGGGGAGGGGAAGUGGGGAAGGGCUCACUCAGCCCCUGGUGCUUGGGAAGGUGCUGCUGCUGCACUGGGCAAACGGUGGGGGCGCUAUCGCAGGAGAGAGCGCCAGGUCAGAGAGCCGGGGCGACCCACACGCCAGCAACCACCCCCCGUGGCCGAGGGGCUCCCCAUGCCAUCUGAUGGCAGCGUCGGUCGAGGAAGAUUCUGUCAGGGAGGUGACCCUCCUGAAGCCCGAGUACCUGUCCGCCAUGGGGGUCGAGGAGCUGCACUGCCACCCGGGCAGGGUGCUGACGCCUGUCAGCGAGGAGGUCGCCCUGUCCCCUGGCACCAAAGACGAGGAUGAGAGCGUGGCGGAGCUGAGCCGGCCGAGGAAUGGACUCCAGCCCUUGCAGCAGCAGAGGGCCUUCAAACGGAGGAAUAGCCUGAACGUGGGCUUCAAGCACCCCGGGUUCAAGAGGAGGCGCCGCGCCAACUCGGACUGCGACCCGGUGCUGCCCAGCAACUUCCUGCUGGGCGGUAACAUCUUCGACCCGCUCAACCUCAACAGCCUGCUGGACGAGGACGUCAACAAGGCUCUCAACGCCGAGACCCCCAAGUCCUCGCCUCUGCCCAGCCGGAACCGCGACCCGGUAGAGAUCCUCAUCCCCAAGGACAUCACCGACCCGCUCAACCUCAACAAUGACUCCGAGGUCCUGCCAUCGCCCCUCAAGCUGGGCCGCAAGAGGCGACACCGGCAUUACCACCACCAGCCUGGCCAGCCACCCCAGUCUGCCGCCACCGCCGAAUCGGCAGAGAGGAACCAAGUUCUGCCGCUGGACCCCAGCACCCGGGACUGCCCUGUGGGCCAUAACCCGGCAGGGACAAGCGUGGGGCCGGGGACCUCCGAGGUGCCGUCUGAGCCUGAGGGCCCACAGCCCUACGAGCUCAACACCCUCAUCAACUGCAGGGACGAGAUUGUGUCGCCUGUCCUCCGCGGCUCCGAGCAAGCCCCGACUGGAAGCCGGCAUCGCAAGCGGCGCCGGACCGCCAGCAAGUCCGAGCUGGGCAAGAUCCCGACCAGCUCGGAGGAAGAGCCGAGGCUGCCAGGCGCGGAUGCCAAGAAGCCAACGCCAGAGAAGACGAAAGGCAAGGCAUCUCACCACCACCAUCACCAGCAGCAACACAGCUUCCAGCGCCACUCCAGCCUGUACCGCGACGGCAAGGCCCAGCCCAACUUCCAGAGCAAACAGAAGCGGUUCCAGUAUGGCAACUACACCAAGUACUACGGCUACCGUAACCCGGGCCGCUGUGAGGACCCCCGGCUCAGCUUCUUCAAGCCUGAGUGGUUCCAGGGCAAGGACAUCUUGGACCUGGGCUGCAACGCGGGCCACCUGACGCUCAGCAUCGCCAAAGACUUGAAGCCCUCGCGCAUUGUGGGAAUCGACAUUGACGGUAGCCUCAUCCACACGGCCCGACAGAACAUCCGCCAUUUCCUGUCGCAGGACAUGCUGCCGUCGCAGGGCGAUGGGCAGGUGAAGAGGCGCUUCCCGCUGUCGCUGACCAAGUGCAAGGGCCCGAUCGCUGCCCCACCCGUGGCUGUGGAUCGCUGUGUGGCCGAGUUCCCCAAUAACGUCACCUUCAUCCAGUGCCUCCUGCAAAUAUUGAUCUAACAAAGAAAUGUAAAAGCAGCUGGAAGUGUGUAACGGAUGCAGAGAUGCUCAAGAAAAUCCUACAGAAUAGCAUUCCAUUCGAUUCGCAAUCAGUUGGUCCAAAUGAUGAACAUUUCUCUUCAGGUGCAGCACACCUUUUAUCAACCAGCAUCUAUGGGACCAGGAGUGGGCUAGUUGAUGAAAUAUUCUGGAUAAUCAAGAGGUCCACAUAAUCAUUGUAAAAGCAUACACUGAGUAACAGAAACGUAAUGCAGGGAGUGUGCACGUCACUGUAAGACUUUAAUUACAGCAUAAAUCAAUAAUGAUACAUCUUUGCCUUAUAAAUCUUAAUGGCAGAGAGUCUUCUCACUUGCACCCUCAACUGACUACUCAGAGAUCGUGAAAAUACAAUAAACCUAGUGUAUGAGGUAUAUAAUUUCUGCCAGUUUGUAAAGGGCUGGUUAAAACAAAGUUUGCUGUACUUGGAGAUGACAGAGAGCUUGUGAUGCUGGGAGUUCUGUUCUCUGGAUUCGUUUGGAUGAAAAUAUGGUAGUUUGCUG